AAAUUUUCACCAUUUUUUUGGCUUUGGGGUGUGAUGGAAUAAAUCAAAAUGGAUCUCUAAACUGUCUGCGCUUCUUUAAUUAAUGAAGUAGCAGUUAGUCAAGCAAUGCAACUUUCGACGUUGAGCCGGGGGUCUCUUUGGAAACAGCCUCUCUACUUUCGAGUAGGGGAGGAUAAGAACAUUGCCCAUCUAACACAUGUUAGUCAAAUGGAAAAAAAGAUCAAGACUUUGGCGAGAAUCACAACUAUAUUGAAAGAUGUUAUUCAGAACAAGGACCGUAUAAUUGCUCGGCUUCAACAACCAUAUUCAUUAGAUUGCAUUCCAGUGGAAGCAGAAUAUCAGAAACAAUUUUCUGAGCUACUGAUGAGGGCAGCUAGUGACUACAGUGCAUUGACGACAUCUGCAGCUGACUUCCAGUGGAGCCAAAAUUUUAAAGAUCCACCAACGACAUGGGCAGAAAUGCUUCGUCCUAUCCCCGUGGCAUUGGCUUCAUGCACCAGAUUCUUUGAAGCCAUGUCUGCAAUGAGGGAGUCAUUUGCCACACUUCAAGCGUUAAGUGCCCGUCCUCCUUCCUCCAGUGCAACACCAAACAAGGCUCCUUUGCAAAGUGACCAAACAAGGAAGAAUUCAAGUUGUCUGACUCCACCUCGGAGAACAGAAACGAGUUUUGAUGAUUUGGCCAUUAGACGCGAAGGGCAAGCAAAUGAGCUGCAAGAAGUUGCAAGGGGCAGGGAACACGGCGGUGCUGUUGAAAGCCGUAGACUAUCAUGGCCUACUCCGGUUAAAAAAUUUGGAAGGUGAUUCAAUGCCAAGUUUGAAGGAAAAUAAGCAAGAGAGUGUUGG